AUGCCUCGCCGGCGUCGGGACUCGAUCGAGUCCGCCGACCCGCAGCAACGAACACCACUGGAGAAUGCGCGCGCGUACGAAGAGAACCGGCAACAUGGAUUCCGGCACACCCCUCACGGCCUACGACAAUGGCAGUGGAUCGAGCGAACCGGUCACGAGAUCACCCCCCCGUGCAGCUACUGUCGCCGUGGUGGUCACACCUGUUACAUGAACGGCCAAAGUGUCGCCUGCAGUCGUUGUUCACGAGGCCAGAAGCACUGCGAGCACCACCCAGCCGACGUCCUCCGUGAGUACCACCGACACGGGCAAGAACGUCGACAGCGGCGCGAGGCCGUCCGGAACCGUCGGUCGAAUUCUCCGCCUCGCCGCCGUCGUGAGACCGUCCAGCCAGGGCCCGCGCUCGAGCCCCAGCCUGUCGAGGCUCGGCCUGCCGAUCCCCCCCGCCAUGACGCCGACUUCGAAGCGUUAGUCGCCGAGGAAGCGCGCCGUGCGGCCGACGAACGGAGGCGCGAGGAUGCUAGGCGAGAAGGAGAGCGUAUAGCUCACCGGGGUCGAGUGCAAGAACUCGAGCGGGCACGCGAGGCGGCGUGGGAACAAGCACAGGCUCUGGACGAGGCUGUCACCCGCGAACGCGACCGUCACCCCGAGGGUGACAUGGAUCUGGACCACGUCGUCAGGCAAACCGAUCGGGGCGAGUAUUACAUGACGCCCCGAGCGCCCCGCACGGAGCCCCCGCGCCCCGCCAAUCCGUUCUGGACUCCCGCCGCCAACGCACACCCUCACCCCGCGACCAUCGAGCGGACGGACAACCUAGCGGCUCGACUCCGGGAGCUGAACAUCGUCCGUCACGAAGCAAGGCCGCCGCGAGAGCCCGACCCACCCCGUCCUGGUUUCGGAGGCGGAGCGCGGCGCCGUUCACCGGCCACCCCGACGCCCCGUAACCGUAACCGUGCUAGGACGGCGACGCCCCAACCUGAAAGGCCCGGGCCGCCCCGCCCUCCAUCGGUGCCGCCCCGGCCCCCAACGAUCAUCGACAUGACGCGGGAUACCCCGACGCCCCCCCCGCGGCCCAACGAGAACGUCGGUGCGAAUCGGGUGGAUCGCCGGCGUCCCCUGACGCCCCCUCCCACCGGUGUGGAGGGCCCGUUACAGCAGGACGCCAUCGGGCGUCGACCUGCUAGCGAAGGAAUGCCGGCGUGGCAGGGCCGAGCGGGCCUAUACACCAGCCUUCAACGUGAGCGGAUCAACAUCGAGCGGGCGGUCGAUCGCGAGGCCAACCCGUUCAAUCAGUACCCGGCACAGGAAGGGGAGACGCUCCGCGCGUACACCCUCCGCCUGCGGGGGCUCCUGGAUGAGGCCGAACGUCGCCACCUCGACCUGCAGUGGACGCUCAUCCGAACCGCUCCAGGAGACGUAGAGGAGUGGGCCAACUACCGCAGGGCUUACAAUGUUGUCCACAGGCUCCGUAUUGCGCUGAACCACGCCUUGCACGGGGUGCAACCCCCCGUCUGGCGUGGCCCAUGA